CGGAAGUGGCGUAGCGGCAGGGAGGGGUUCUUUACCCGGUCCGGCAGCUGAAGCUCGGCUCUCGGGUUACCCCUGCAGCGACGCCCCCUGGUCCCACCGAUACCGCUGUUGCUCCCGCCCCUUCGCUCCUCGGCCGCGCAAUGGGCACCCGCGACGACGAGUACGACUAUCUCUUCAAAGUUGUCCUUAUUGGAGAUUCUGGUGUUGGAAAGAGUAAUCUCUUGUCUCGAUUUACUCGGAAUGAAUUUAAUCUCGAAAGCAAGAGCACCAUUGGAGUAGAAUUUGCAACAAGAAGCAUCCAGGUUGAUGGGAAAACAAUAAAGGCACAGAUAUGGGACACAGCGGGACAAGAGCGAUACCGAGCUAUAACAUCAGCAUACUAUCGUGGAGCUGUGGGUGCCUUAUUGGUUUAUGACAUUGCUAAACAUCUCACAUAUGAAAAUGUAGAACGAUGGCUGAAAGAACUAAGAGAUCACGCUGAUAGUAACAUUGUUAUCAUGCUUGUGGGCAAUAAGAGUGAUUUGCGUCAUCUCAGGGCAGUACCUACAGAUGAAGCAAGAGCUUUUGCAGAAAAGAAUGGUUUGUCAUUCAUUGAGACUUCCGCUCUAGACUCUACAAAUGUAGAAGCUGCUUUUCAGACAAUUCUGACAGAGAUCUACCGCAUUGUUUCCCAGAAGCAAAUGUCAGACAGACGUGAAAAUGACAUGUCUCCAAGCAACAAUGUGGUUCCUAUUCAUGUUCCACCAACCACUGAAAACAAGCCAAAGGUGCAGUGCUGUCAGAACAUAUAAGGCGUUUCUCUUCUCCCCUAGAAGGCUGUGUAUAGUCCAUUUCCCAGGUCUGAGAUUUAAAUAUAUUUGUAAUUCUUGUGGUCACUUUGUGUUUUAUUACUUCCUCAUACUUCUGAAUUUUUCCAUGUCUUAAGUCUUUUGAUUUUAGCUUUAUAAAAUCAUCCACUUGUCCCGAAUGACUGCAGCUUUUUUUCAUGCUAUGGCUUCACUAGCCUUAGUUUAAUAAACUGAAUGUUUGGAUUCCUCAGUUAUUGUUUACUUUUCAUCAUGGAAGCCUGUCACUGUAGGACAUAAUAGAACUUGAUCGCUUGAAGCUCAGACCUGUUGGUCUUGAUCAAAUCAAACUAAGAAGACUUUAGAAGAAAUAAGCUAUCAUUUUGCCACAGAGCAGCAUAUAAUGAGCAGCUUAUAAUUCAUACACUCUUCUCUCAAUGCAGUGUAUACUUCCACAAAUCUAAGAAUUGCCCUAUAAACAUAGCAAGAUUUUGAGAGCUUGAAAAUUUUCCAUUAUUCUGGAAGUCACUUUCUAAAAUGCCUUAAUAGGGUUAAGUAGUUUAGUGAAUUUUGUUUUUUAAUUUUUCUAAGCAUCAAAGCUGAUUAGAGGGGGACACGUUUUUCUGGACAAGAAUGAUCUUAAUAAACAUAAAAGACUUCUGUGGUCUCAGUAGCAGUGUGGUUAUGGAGCCAUAUGUUAUACAAUGCUGCCUGGCAGGCUGGGAACUCAAGAGACUGGUGGAAUUCCAUCUGAGAUGCCUCUGUCGCAAUGAUCAGGCAGCCCAAAUCACUGAACUUCUCUAAUUUCCCAGCAGUAGAUUAUGUGGCAUUUUAUUGCUCAGGCAAUAAUUGGUUUAAUGCUGUUAGUAUCAAAUUGUGAAGUGUUAAUUUUGUCUUAAAUGAAAUGCAACCUAGUUAUCACUAACUAUCAGCAGGCAUGGAUAAUUAUUUUGACAAUGCUGAUUUUGAGUUUUGCAAUAUAUUAUGGAAUACAGUCCAGUUAAAUUUCUGGUUUCAGUAUGUCUAGGAAUAUAGUGAGAGGUUAAUUUCUGCUCAAGUGGUACCACUUAAAGGCAUGUAUUCUUUUAGUACAUAGUACUUUGAGUUUAAAUAGAAUGUAUUUAGGCAUUAUACCAACCUGAAAUACUUUUUCCCACUACAUUAUUGAAAUCAGUGGAGCAACUAGUUUCCCAUUUAGAAAUGUGCACACUAAUAUUGAGUUUUACUUUCUUGUGGAUAAUUUUAAGCACUUACUCUGCAGUGUUUUGAAAGUUGUGUCAACUGAAGUGAUGCUAUUCAGGAUGGUGGACUAUCCCCCAAAUACAAAAUAUAUAUGUGUGUGGGCUUGCAUAGAUUACUGUGUUUCAUAGUUAAUCAGUCUUUUGCGGUGCUCAUGACGUGUGAGGCACACGGAAGGCAUUGCUGUGGUCAGUCUUUUUGGUUUUCUUCUGUAGCCAUUUAUUAUUUUAGUGUAUUGGUUGGUUAUGAAGAUACUAUUAUCUAUUUGUAAAUCGCUACUUUGUAUUUUAUGCAUGCUCUGUAACUUGAUUUAUUUUUAUUUUUAUUUUAUUUUUUAGUUAUUGAUUGGAAUAUAUUCACAUUCUAAUAAACAGUUAUAGGGGGACUAUUC